CAAUCGUGGGAACCCUAAAAAUAGGUUUCCUACAUCUGGUAUCAGAGCCCGGUUCGAGAAUUGAGUUCACCACAACUCUCAACCGGGGAUGAGUUCUACAACUGGUUCGACGAUGAGCUCUUCAAAGCUCUCGAACCUGUCGUGGGCAGAGCUGCGUGACCGGGCUCGCCGCAUCGGCCGUCGUUGGAGCUCCGAGGAGCUGCCGACUGGGAAUGCCACCACCACAGAAGAGCAACCGUCAGUUGUGCAGGUUGACUCAGACGGUGAUCUUGAGAGGCGAGCAGAGCAACCGGACGUGGAAGAGGUUUUGGCAAUCGAGCCGCCAGCCACAGAAGAGCUUCCAAAUGUCACCAACAAACAGCAGCAGCUUCCGACAGCAUCAGUCACCACGACUGCGGCUUCACCACUAACACUGUUUGCAGCGGUUGAACAAUCAUCCAAGGCUGCCGAUGGUACUUUCGCGGUCGUGAGUGAAGAAGAAGGUGAUCCUGCUUCUUCCAUCCUUGUUCCCGACAGUGAGAAGAUCAACGCCUUGGAAGAAGAAACCCAAACCGAGGGUUUGGAGAGGAGACCAACGUCGGGUCAAGUAGCGAGCUGGCGAUUUCGGAGGAAGCCGAGGAAGGACGAAGAGGAGUUCAGGGCCGCCGCGUCGGCCAUCCCUACUACACCGAACGACAUUUGGGGCUCGCUAAUGUCGCCGCUAGCCACAGUCAAGGAGAUCUGUUCGUCAAUGGAAGCUGGGAGGGAAACGAAGAUGGCGUCGCCGGGUAACAACUCGAAGGAUGCGUCGGCGAACGAAGUGGACGAGGCUGGCUUUCUCCCUCUCUCGAGUAAGGGCGAGUUACAGUCGUCGAAACCGCUAGAAUACGAACCAUCGUCGGAGAACGAGAUGGAUUUGGGUUUAGCUUUUCGCGGCCUGGUGUUCUCGUUGCCGCCGGGUGAGGACUCGAAGAAGGUGGGCGGCGCGCUCGGGGAGAAGAACUCGAAGACUAGACCGCAAUCGGGCUGGCACUCGUGUCGUCUGGUGAGCCGCUCGCCGUCGAGGAUCGAAGAGGAGAAGGAGGAGCAGGGUCGUAGGGGUUCUUCGCUUGCGGUGACUCCAAAUACGAAGCCGACCGUUGAGGAGCUGACGUCGAAGAGGGCGCCAGAACUCGAACCGCCGUCGGAGUACGUGGCGGAGUUGAAGUCGACGGCGAGGUCAGGAGGACCGCCGUGCCAAUGAAGCGAAGAAGAAGGAAGGCGGCGGGUGUUCUUCUGCAACCCUAGGCCGCCAAGGAGUGGAGUGG